GUCCGUUUGAAGUUUGUUUGCGACUUUUAAGCAUUUUUUGUACGUGGAAAUUUGUGAAAAAAAUUGUUUGUUUGGAAAAUUUGCUACAUUUUUGCAUGUGAAUUAAAAUCAAUUUUAAAAAUCUGGGGCGUUAGUUAAAUCGGACGGUAUAAAUAUUUCCACUGUGUAAUUGAUAAAUAUUCGUAUUGUUGUUGCAAGCGGGGAAAGUAUGUCUGAACUAAAACUUAGAUCAACGAAGUCCAUGUUGCAUCUGCAACAAAAGACUCCACUAUUGCAAUAAGUGAAAAUCGAAAAAAUUUCAAUGAAAAUUUAUAGUGAAAAGGAAUUAAAUAAAAAAUAAAAUUAAUUUCAUACUUUAAUAUGCAUUUAAUAGCGUUGUAUACGCCAAUAUAUGCAUGCACAUAAAUGAAAAGCAAAAAGUACAACGCGAUUUGCUUUUUUUGCUAUUAUCGUUUCUCUUAUUGUACCAGGCGUUAUUAGUGUUUAAGUGCCGAAAAAUUCUUUGAGACGGUUCACAGUCCAAUUCUUAUAGGUCUGUCUGACCUGCCUGGUUCAAAUAUUAAAUUAGAAUUGAUUAGAAAUUGAAGAUAUCAGCGUUUUUUGUUAGUUGCUUGGCCACGCCGAAUUACUUGUUUAAGCGUGCUGUGAAAAUCGCAUGCCGUACGUGUGCAAUAGUAAAAUUUAACACAGAGUAAUAAUUCGCGUAGUAUCUUCGAUAAGUGCGUACGUGCAUCGCAACGUGCAGAUUUAAAAAUAAAGACUACGAUACCAAGCUGGCCGCUACAAACGGGAAAUUUAAGAAGUUUCUUGGCGACAUGGACGAAGAAGAGGAGGAAGUAACUGAUAUCAAAUUACAGAUUUUUCAUAACAAUCUACGCGAAAACAUUAUAUUUCUUUUGCUAUUAAUGCUGCUGUAUCUUGCCUCCUAUGCGCUGGUGUCACGUUUUCGUCGGAAAGAUCGUGACGACCUCUUCUCCACGGAUGAAGAUGAAGUGCUCGUUUAUCGUAUUAGUUCAUGGUUGUGCACAUUUUCGAUGGCCAUCGCCGUAGGCGCGGCACUUCUAUUGCCGGUCUCCAUAGCUAGCAAUGAAGUUUUGUUGCUGUACCCCAACAGCUACUAUGUGAAAUGGCUGAACAGCUCUCUGAUACAAGGUCUUUGGAAUCAUGUGUUCCUCUUCUCCAAUCUCUCGCUGUUCGUAUUUUUACCCUUCGCGUACCUUUUUACGGAGUCAACCGGUUUUGUGGGAUAUAAGAAGGGUAUAAUAGCGCGCGCCUAUGAAACAUUUACAGUAUUUAGCCUUUUGGCUACGGUUGUUUUGGGCAUUACCUAUGUGUUGUCCGCCGUUAUGGACCCGGAAAAAAUUGGAUUUUUGUCACUGCUAAAUUUGGGUAGUGUACAUUUACCAUUUUUGUACUCGUGCGUUUCCUUUUUGGGUGUGCUCCUCCUACUUGUGUGCACACCCCUUGGCUUCGUUCGUCUCUUUGGCGUGGUGGGACAAGUGCUCGUGAAGCCGCAUUUGCUGCGCGACGUCAAUGAGGAGUACCAAGUCUAUUACAUGGAAAUCGCCAGUGUGAGGCGCAAAUUAGCGAACAUCGAAUUGCUGAAUGUCAGCAUCAACGACAACGGUGGCGUCGGCGGGUCUGCCGCCAUCAGCAGCGUACGUCACAGUUUAACGCGUACCGAUCACAGCAGUGGCAGUUAUGCAAAUGGCGGCGGGUAUUACCAUCAUCCAUCGUUGGAACACCUGUAUCAACGUAAACCAUUGGAGAGUCAACAAAACGAGCAAGAGAAGCUCAAUCAAAGACUGAGAGAAUUGGAGUCUGAAAGUCGAGAGUUGGAGAAGCUGCGCAAAUCGUCGGCGUGUCAAAGAAACUUCGUUUAUCCACUGGCAAUGUUGUUGUUGCUAUUCUUUACCGGCAUAACAGUGUUGCUGGUAGUGCAGAACACGCUGGAGUUGUUAAUUGGCAUCAAAGCAUUACCGCUUAGCACAAGACAAUUCACGCUUGGCAUCACAUCGCUGUCGAAACUGGGACCAUUUGGCGCGGGCUUAGAAGUCUGUUUAAUCUUCUAUUUGGGCGCCACCUCGGCCGUCGGCUUCUACACAAUGCCUUUUAUGCGUCAUGUGCGUCCACAAAAGCGAAAUACUUCGCUUGCCCAGCUGAUACUCAACUGUGCGCUGGUUUUGAUUUUGAGUUCAGCGCUGCCGCUGCUCAGUAGAAUAAUUGGUAUUACGAAUUUCGAUCUAUUAGGCGAUUUUGGCGCAAUCGAAUGGCUCGGCAAUUUUCAAAUUGUUUUACUUUAUAAUUUGAUAUUUGGCUCGACGACGGCGCUCUGCUUGGCGAAUAAGUUUACGGGAGCUGUGCGUCAAGAGUUGUGUGCGCGGUUAGUAGAGAACUAUGUGCUCUUCACCAAUUACAUCUCAUUCAUCAAUUGAUACAUACGCCAGCGGCGCAAUCAAAUCACUCUUGACGACGACUCCUCCAUAAUGUCGAGAAGUAAAUAACGUUUACUUAUACGUGGCAUUAUAACGGGUCUGAGCAGUGGUUUUUUGGCGUCGCAACUAACCAAACUAAUAGGUUACUAUUAUAAUAGAAACGCAGUGGAAUCAACUAAUAACGGUUAUGUGGAGAGUUGAUGCGUUUAAAAGUUUAUAUAUAGCCAGCGGUUAUUUCGAAAUACUAUAAAAGUAAAUUUACUUCAACUCGUUCACAUAGAAAGAAAACAAAAAAACCUGUGAACGGAAUGAGGGAAUUUAAAAAUUACGCAGAAAUAACUGCAUUGCAUAAGAACUGAAUUUGAGCAAAGAUAUUUUAAUGCAGAUGGUGGAGUAAUUUUAGUCACAUUACUUUAUAUUUAUAGCAUACACGUUUGUAUGUAUAUUCAUUUGUAAAUGAAAUUCACGAUCAGUCGCCAUAUAAAAUUUUCAUAGGUUCUUUCACCUUUUCAUACCCUUGUAGUAGAUGCUUUUUCCCCAUGGCACUCGCACACUCGUAUUUUAAACAAAAUAUUCGUUUUAUUUAAAAAUGUAUUUAUUAGCAUUUUGAAUUCUGUAAGUUUUACCUGCAUUGGUUAUUUUAUAUUGGAAAAUUCUUAAGAAUUCAUAAAUUAAAUUUUAUUUACUGUAAUUGUCGUUCAACUGUGCACAUAUUUGCCACUAUAUGUAUUUGAGGUUAGAAAUGAACGCAACAGCUUCGCUCGGUGCGCAAUCGCUUCGUCCUAUACGAGUGGCUAUCGAAAUUGUUUACUAGUUAAGGGGUUAUACGCAGUUAUGAAGCAAAUAAAAGACGGGCUGUCAAGGAUUUAUCCUGAAGAAACUUCAGAAUAUUUUAAUUUGAAAAUUUUUGGCGGUUAUAAAAGCAUCCUUCAAGAACGUAACAAAAUUUUUUAUUUAUGAAAAUGUUGAUUAUAGAGCGCGCUGCAGGCGAUUUCUGGAACCUCCUUUAAAAAAAGACGAUUUACGGUGUACAUCGUAACUCAGGAUUGGAUUAUCUGAAAUCAAAAAACCA